AUGACCAGGGACGCCCUGAUACUGGUUCUUGCUACUGUUGUAUCUCUUUGGAUCUCAUGGAGAGUUUACAAGAUAUUCAGAAAUCGAGGAAAGCAUUCUCUGCGCUCCGUUGCGAUACUUGUGCUGGGUGAUAUUGGAAGGAGUCCUCGAAUGAUGUACCACGCAGAAAGCUUUGCAGAGAAUGGCUUUACGGCCUUUGUCGUGGGUUACAGAGGUUCUAAGCCUAUUCCUGCUCUUGAAAGGCUCCCCAACAUUCAACUCUGCUACCUUCCUGAACCUCCGCCGAUUCUCAAGUGCAUUCCUUUCAUGAUUGCUGCUCCUUUCAAGAUUUUGCACCAAGUUAUCACGAUUUUGAGAGAACUGCUCGUCAAUAUACCACAAGCCCCCGAAUAUAUUAUGGUCCAGAACCCGCCGAGUAUUCCCACUCUCGCCCUGGCUACACUCGUAAGUCGGCUCAGAGGAUGCAAGGUCAUCAUCGAUUGGCACAAUACGGGAUAUAGCAUCCUGGCUCUGAAACUGCACAAGAAGCAUCCAUAUGUUCGACUUGCAAGAUGGUUUGAGGCCACUUUCGGUCGCCGAGCUUUUGCUCAUCUAUUCGUGACUUACGCUAUGAAGGACGCUCUUGUCGCACAAUGGGAUUUAAAGGGCUUGAAACUCGUUCUCCAUGACAGACCCCCACGACAUUUCCACCGUUCUUCUCCUCAAGAAAAGCAUGACUUAUUCAUGAAGUUGCGGCCAGUGUUUAUACGGUAUAAGGAACUUCGUGAAUACCUUCCUGAAUAUACCUUACCAUAUUCCACCCCAUUCACCGACACCGCCUCCUACCCUCACAACGCACCAUCCACUUUCCCGACAAUCACAGCCUACGCAAACGACCACCGUCAUCCGUUUUCUUCGAACACCUCAACGUAUAACGUCGUCAAUCCUCCCUCCCUUCGACCAGACAGACCCGCUUUGAUGGUAUCUAGCACGUCUUGGACACCAGAUGAAGAUUUCGGGACGCUAUUGAAUGCUUUAAAGAUUUACGAUCAACGGGCUUGCGAAAUCAACGCGCGAGACGGUGAAAAACUGCCAAAGUUGUUGGUUGUGGUUACUGGGAAGGGACCGGAGAGAGAGAGAUACAUGAGCGAAGUAAAGGAAUUGGAGAAAGACUGGAAAUGGGUCCGGUGUAUUAGCUUAUGGCUCGAGGCCGAAGACUACCCUAUUUUCCUAGGCUCGGCGGAUUUGGGUGUUUGUCUUCAUUCUAGCUCUUCACAACUGGAUCUGCCCAUGAAAGUUGUAGAUAUGUUCGGGUGCGGCUUACCCGUUUGUGCUUUAAAUUUCAGAUGUCUUCCCGAAUUGGUCAAGCAUGGAAAAAAUGGGCUUAUAUUCGAGGACGCGUCCCAGCUGGCGGAACAGUUAGAGUACUUACUGCUUUCAUUUCCAAAAGCUCCUCAUCUCAUCUCUCUCACUGCAUCCCUUGACAAAGUCACGGACUCAACGACAGGCGACCUUCAAUGGUGUUCGUGGGAUGCUCACUGGAAUUCAAUACUCAAACCGUUGAUACUACAUGGCAUUACUUCAUAA